GCUUUUCUUUUGAAAACUGUUACCGGAAACGGUCUUUUCCCCCUCUGGACGGAAGUCAGCUGCCCAAGAAGUUAGAUGUAGUUAUUGCUGCGCCCUUACACGGUUUUUUGUUGGUGUUUUUAAGUCUGUUUUUCUCAUUAAUAUCUAUGCUUGCCACGGAAUGCAGUCAUUUCUCUUAGCUCUUUGACUCAACGGUUUCCCUUGGCUCUGUCGUCAGGACAGAGAGGCUCGCGCACUGAACACAGAAGUUGACGUCUGCAGUGUCGAAUAACGGACUAGCCUCGUAGCUAACGCGAGUAAACCCAAACACCUUGUGCUACGACCAGUUACGUUAUGUAGGAUUGCCAUGGAUGUUUUUAUUGCUGCAAUAUCCUGUAGAUAAUUGCUUGACAAUUUCAGUGGCUUCGUCGCCGUUUUGACACGAUAACAACUUGCCAACAUAGUGUGGCUACGUGAGCUAAAAGAGGGAACGCAAUGUCGUGAGAGAAAGUGGUUCCUCUUCUUCAAGGAAAUCUUCCCUUUGCAGUGAAGUGGCUGUGGAAUAAAACGGCUGCCAUGGUGACGACUGUACCGCUAGUAUGUGAACCACACCUCAAACAAGGAGUGACACAUGUCAUCUCUCAGUGUGUCGUGUACCCUUGUCACGGUUGCCACACGGCGGUGACACUCUGAAGUGUAUAACCUCUUGUUGAAACUUCCUCCUUCCUUAUCUAGCGACUGCCGAGUUGAACGACCCUACAGUGAGGCUCUUGGUCCAGCAUGAAGGCCAUUGUACCCCGAUUCUCUUUCUACGCUGGUUUCGCGGUGGGAACCUUCACGCUGUACUUGUUCCUUCAGCAGGUGUGGUUUCAGAGUAUUUGGUCAACGUUGCAGGCCACCAGCUUUGAAAAUUACAUUAACCAGGAACAGCUCAAGGAAGAGAACAAGAUAUGGAAGAAGGAGAGGUCUGCUCUUUUCAACUUGAUGCAUCCUCAUCAUACAGGUACGCCAUGUAAUCAACAGCAUUUUCUGAAGAGCGUUUUUGUGUUGUUGAAAGAAUUGGGCUUUUUUGUAUCUUGUAGACGGUUUCUGAACAGAUUUCUUAACCUUUCUCUGCACUGUUUGAUAAAGGGAGGGUGUUAGGCUCGAUGAAUUCAACAGGCAGCAUUCAGUGCUGAUUUCACAGUUCAACAUAUUUUGGGGGUGGCGUUUCUUUUUGGAGUGUUUUAAAGUGGCAUUUUUUUUAAACAAAUAUUCAUUUUCGAAUCAUUUUCAUUGAUGUUACCAAGUGGCUUCAGAUCAUGUGAUUUUUAGGGAACAGUAUUUAUCCUCAUUUGUUAAUCAUCUUGAGAGUUCAUAUAAUUGUAAAACAGUGAAUUCAAUUCUAGUACCAGGUGCUGACUUUCAGUGAGUUUGUGAUUAGGAAUGGGCAUCGAGAACCAUUUCUUGUUGAGAACCGGUUCCACAUGGGUCAACGUAUCGACAUUAAUGUCAUUUCAUUUUAAUGAUUCACUGAACGAUUCCAUUCUUCCGGGUGCUUUGGAAAACGGUCUUGUGAGAGGCAGUCUACGAGAACAGAGACUUUGAGCAAAGCAACAUGCUGGACGAAACGAAAAGGAGGCAGAAACGACCUAAAGUGUGGCUUAAUUUUACUAAGAAAGAUGACGAGUUUUGUAUGGAAGUUUUGAGUUUGUGUAGCAUGGACUAACUGAGUUAGAAGUGCAUAAAAAACACUUGACCCGACCACAAAAACCCUCAAAAAUUUGCGCGCAACUCCACCCCACGUAGCCAUAUCUUCUUUUUGGGGAUCCAGAAUAUGGUCACUCUAAUUUGACUUAAUACCGACCGAGUAAAUGCUGUACAAAUAGUUUGUCGUUUGAUUAUUUUUAGAUUCUCACUGAAGGUGGCAUACAUCUUUUUCUGUUAUCAGAGACUCAAUUAAAUGUUGAGUUAACAUUGAAAACCUGUAGUCUACUUUUUUUUUAAAUCAAAGAAAGGCAUUGAUAAGGGAAUCGUUAGAGAAUUGAAUCGAUAGACAGAAUCUUUAAUGGCAUCAGUAUCGAUAAAAUCUUUAAUUCCCAUCCCUAUUUGUGGUCAGCAGUCUCUAUCAAGCUGAUUUCUUAUAUGCAAUGCAGUUGAGGAAUACUGUAUCAGGUCAGGGGACGAGAAAAAGUUCAAUCCACUUGUAGUUUUCUGCUGGAGUCUCAAAGUUCAAAUGGGGAUUAUUGACAGGUAAUGAAACAGACUGAAAUUAAUACUGAUGUCUCUUUUAUGACCCCCAGAAAAGAUAAGACCAAAAACGAAGAGUAACUAUUUCUUAAACCACUGAUGAGGGGUAGUUCAUUAAACACUAUUGUAUUUUUGUUUGUUUGUUUUUUACAUUAUUUUGCAUGUUCCAGGUCAAAGAGUGGGUGGUAAACUUGACUGUAUAAAGAGAGAAGUGUGAGAUGUUUUUUUUUUCCUCAAGAAGCAUUUAUCACACAUCAACCACACAAAUAAGCAUGAACAAUUUAAACCAAACCUGCAAAGUUUCUCAGUUGCGCUGCACUAUACAUGCAUUAUAUUUUAAAUACUUUAUAAACUUAAACAUUAGGUAUAUAAAGUUAGCUAAAACCUUCCAUAAGUCUGCUUUUAAAGAGGAUGAAUCUGAUGGUUAAUUUGUUCAUGUUGAUGCUGAGCCGCCGAGCCUUUUUAAUUAAGUUUAGAGGAAACUUAAUUUUAAAAAAAAUUCAUCAACAUUAACUCUUUUGCUGCUUGUGUGUUUUUGAUGCCUUAAGUAUUUUGUGAUUUUAAUGUUUUUUUAAUUUCAUCAGGGGAGGACAGUCACAUGGCAGAUGAGCUCUAUAAAAAGGUGCGUGUUCUUUGUUGGGUCAUGACUGGACCAAGCAACCUGGAAAAAAAGGCUCGCCACGUGAAGUCUACUUGGAGUCGCCACUGUAACAUGGUGAUUUUCAUGAGCUCGGUGGAUGACCCUGAUUUCCCAACCGUUGGCUUAGGGACAAAGGAGGGUCGGGACCAGCUGUACUGGAAAACCAUCAAGGCUUUUCACUAUGCUUAUGAACAUCACAUCAAUGAGGCGGAUUGGUUCCUAAAGGCCGAUGACGACACUUACGUUAUUGUAGACAACCUACGUUUGGUUCUUGCCAACCAUACACCAGAGGAGCCGAUUUACUUUGGACGCAGAUUUAAACCCUUCACAAAACAGGGCUACAUGAGCGGUGGGGCAGGCUAUGUUUUGAGCAAAGAGGCUCUACGAAGAUUUGUUGAAGGAUUUAAAAACAAUGUGUGCUCUCACACAACCUCUGUAGAAGACCUUGCAAUGGGACAGUGCAUGGAGAAAGUUGGGGUGUUAGCAGGGGACUCCAGAGACAGUGUGCACAGGGAGACAUUUCACCCAUUUGUCCCCGAACAGCACCUAACAGUUAAGUUCUCCAAGAGCUUCUGGUAUUGGAAGUACUGCUACUACCCUAUCUCAGAGGUAAGUACAGUAAACACAUGUUUGUUUCUCUCGAAUUUGUAUGAAACAGUAGUGUUCAUAUUGAAACUGAUGUGUGGUUUUUGUUUGCUGAAUUUUGACAAAAGGGCUUAUUUUAGUCCCCUCUCUCAUCAAAAGCCAAACAGCUGUAAACUGUUUUUUAUAAGCUGGCACAGUCUCAUUUUCUAGAAAUAUUUCCUAAAUGUGUUCAAUCUCAUUUAAAGUAUCUGACUAUGUUAUGUUAUGUUAUGUUAUUCUUGCACCCAUCCUUAAAUGACAUUUGUGUUAAAAAUGUGACACCAUGAUGUCGCUGAUGUAACAUGACUUCAUGCUCUGUUUUUCCUCAGGGUCCAAACUGCUGCUCAGACCUGUCAGUGUCUUUCCACUAUGUGGAUGCCGCACAGAUGUAUUUGCUGGAGUACUACACCUAUCACCUGCGUGCCUUUGGUUACAGCUACCGUUACAAGCCCCCUGCUCCGGCAGGCUACAGUAUUGAGAAGUCAAGUUUCUGGGGAGCUCAAGAAGGGAUAAACAAGGCUGCUUUGGGAGAGAAAGGACAAGGUGUUGACGGGAAGGAUCCAUCUGACAAAAGACAGGAUGCAGAUCCUCCUCAAGUCGCUGGUAAAGAUCCCGCUGUGGCUUUAGCAGGCCAAAAACUGUAGGAUAUCUCGGGUGUGUGAAGGAAAGGUUUUUUUUUUUUGGAGUCUGUGUCUUCAAGUGCUUGGAUUUUCGUUCCAAUGAUAUUGGCUCUUCCACAAAGGUGAAACAAAGGCCCCAUUGAUUUUAAAAGUCCCUACCUGCUAGUAUACAGACAGAGGAAUCCCCAGCUUGAAGCACUGCUUCUGAUGUACAUUCUUCAGUUUUUCUCAGAACUUUAAUUCUUGAUUUUCAGGUUUGUUGGGUUGGGCAGAAACGGCUGUCUGUACAUUGAUUAUAUUCAAAACUUUUAAUUACCUUUUGUUAACCUGAAUUCUGCAAACCCACAAAAACUUGAAGGACCACUCUUCAAAGCGCUGUAGUUCUUGACUCGCUGGAGUUGUUUGACUUCAUUUGCACAUAGACAAUUGUGUGCCGCAGAGGCAGUCCAACCCAGUUCAUCAGCCUUGAGCUGAUUGGUUGGGGUGAUAAUUUUUUUUUGCCCCAGGAAAAACCUGUCAUAGUUCUGUUCACAUUUCAAGUGCAUUCCAGUUUGCUCUUGUCCAACAGAAUUCAGACACAGUUUUAAAGGAUUUUCACAAAACAAAAAUAAUGCAUUUAUCAGAGGAAAGGCUGGUUUCCUGAGAAAAAUGUGUUAACAUAAGUAUUCAGCUUUAUGAAUGGCCAGUUCAUUCUGUUUUAAAUUUUGGCUAUGAUCUUGCAGCCUCAGACCAAUUUCAGGGAAUUAGAAAAAUAAUGAAUACAUAAAAUCAGAUUUAUUAAAAUGUCUAUGAAACCCACUAAUGAUAAUCCAGCCAAAGAUAGGAUGUUACCAGGUUGAAUAAUCAAUGUGGGUAAGUCUUGCUGAUUAUGCUGUGAAUCUUGGUAUCUCUCUUUAGUUAACAGCUGAGCUGUGGUUUACAGUAUGCAUUCACCUCUGUACUCUGCCUUUGCUGGUUACUCAGACUUUAUCAUGCUCGUAGUCUGGUGAUACAAUACCACAGUGCAGGGGCUUGCAAUUUACAUUAUCUUUGCAUUUCUAGAAUUAAGUAUAUAAGGCAACAUAUUUAUUUUCUUUUUAUUCCAAUUCUAGAAAAUCCCCUUUGAUAAAAGAGCACAUCAACCAGGCAUGGAAACCUGUCAUGAAAGUUUUCUUUUAAAUGCAGCCAGAGCAUUGAGAUCUGCAUUUGUUUUACAUUCCUUAUAAAACCCAACAUUAAGGCCUCUUGGGCCUACCUCUUGGGUUGUCUGAGCAAAGAAAAUAAGAAUUGUUUCACUUGAGAAGGUUUGACAGUGAAUUGUCAGUCAGGCAUUGCAUUGUUUUUAGAAUUGAGACAGUGUCAGACCACAUACUACCACAAUACUUCAAUGUAUGAGUAUUUAUAAAACACCCUAAUUGUUUGGCACAUCUUUGUGAUGAAACAGUCUCCUGGCACUCACUUGUCGGCUUUUACUGGAAGUACAGUUGUGGGCACAUGAACCAAACUCUCCAACAGCUCACUGCGUUAGAUGACUCAUUAGCUUGUGCCUUCUGAAUGGAGAUUGUACGAGCCAUCAGCUGCACACAUGACUUUGCACUGUGAAUUCAUCGUGAUGAAAGAGAUGCUGUCAGAUGAACUUUUAACUUCCAAAGUGUGAACUGUGUCCUGUAGGAAAGCGGUUGGAUGAAAUGUUCAUUGUGAUUUUGUUUUAACAGAGGAAGAAACUGUUUAAAGUUUAAUUUACUGUUGUUGUUUGAUUUUAAAAUUGUGUAUGGGCUGGAGCAUUUUCUUUACAAGAAAUUAUUUUGGAUGCAUUCGGUAAUAUUUAUGUUGUAACCAGAAAAUUAAUCUUGUGGGGAUGCAGAAUUUACCAAAUAAGGCUGCAGAUAUCCAACAGGAAUCUGUGAUUACUUACAAAAAAACACAACUAUUACCCAAUUGUUUGUAUUUUUGCUGUGAUUGGUUUUCUUAACCAAUCUGAACCUUUAAUCGUCCUCAAAGGUAAAAAAUCUGGUGUGUAACUAAUGCCUAAAAAUGCCUUUUUUUAAGUGUUUACAGUUUCCCCUGUAUACAUGGGCACAUAUCUUCUUCAUUGCUUUCCUUUUAAGGUAUAAUUAAAACAAAAUCAGCAUGUUUUAUGUCUUGAAUAAUUUGAGGUUUUUAUUUGCAGUUCCAACAACUUGGAUUGUUUUUAAGUAAGUUUUAUAUCAUGUUUUUCGACAAUCUACUACCCAUGCUUAAAUUAAUCAAAGGGAAAGGUGUACAAUUCUGUAUUUAUAUUUGAAAUGUAUUUAUGUUGGCAUCAAUGUCUAAAUUGAGUCAAUUCCUGAGUGUGUAAAUGAAUGCGUACGAGUGUGUAAGCAGAGGUGAUGAGCGUGCAGGAGGGUUUUCACUGAAUGGUACUGUAAUCACUACAAAUAAAUGUGUAUUUUAUUGUA